AUGACGCCAGCAGCGCGCGCCCACGCCCGCCUCCCCACCCUGCGGCUCCUCUUUCCAUUGGUCGGCGGGUGGACGAAGCAGGCCUCGUCCAAUGGGAGGGGCCCGCUCGCGAAGGCGGGACCGGCGUUUCCGCGGCGCGCAGCUUGGACGGAAGCCGGCUCGGCGGGCGCAGCGCUGGCUCGCAGUAUGGCAAAGCAGAAGAGAAAAAUCACUGAAGUGGCAGAGAAAAAGAACAAAAAAUUGAAGAAGGCAUCAGUGAAAGAGCUGCUGCUCGCACCUGACACCACGUCACCUAGAAAGGAAGUGUGCCCGGAGGCUUGCAAAGAUGUCGCGGACCCACACCUGCUCCAGAGACGAGCCGCGAGCAGGGAGGUGCAGGAGACAGGCCCGGGGCUGUCCCCAGAGGAGCAGAGGGCCCUAGAGAGGAAGCUGAAGAAAGAGCGGAAGAAAGAAGAGAAGAAGCGCCUGCGGGAUGCGGCCCUGUGCACAGCCCAGCAUGUUCCCUCAGGGGCCCCGAAGCCCGGUGGGGCACAGCUGGCCCUGGACUACCUGCACAGCUGGGCCCAAAAACACGAGAACUGGAAGUUCCAGAAGACCCGGCAGACGUGGCUCCUGCUGCACAUGUACGACAGCGACAAGGUCCCUGCUGAGCAGUUCCCCACCCUGCUGGCCUACCUGGAGGGGCUGCAGGGCAGGGCCCGUGAGCUGACCGUGCAGAAGGCCGAGGCCCUGAUGCGGGAGCUGGAUGAGGCCGGGGCUGGCAGCCCAGACACCCUCCUGGCGGAGAAGACACAGCGUGUGCGGCAGGUGCUGCAGCUCCUCUCCUAGCGGGCGGAGGGAGGGCUCCGGGACCCUCGGUGCAGCCUGGCCGCUGCCCAGCAGUGGGGGCCACGGAGCUGGGUUUGGGGCUUCGGUUCUUCCCGAGACUCCUCGGCCCCUCCUUGGCCAGAGGUUAUCUUCAUAGACGACGACAUGCUCCAGGGCAGACGCUCCGUCAUGUUUCUGUCGUUGGAUCCUCCUGCCUGGAGGACUCCGUUUAACCGGUCUGAGCUGCCCUCAGGUGGAAACUCGGACGGAACAACCAGAAUAAACUGGACAUGCCCCCGGUCUUAGGGAGGCCCUCGA